GAUUUAUCAGACCUGUUGGCUUCACCAAGAGUGAGAGGGAUCCGAGAGGAGAAUGGACCAUACUGGAAUAUUUUAUUCAAAAGAGCUGAGUGAUAGGGUCUUACGAGAGAUUUCAAAUUGGCUUGAUCGGGAGUGGAGAGAUCUUGCUUUUUGCUUGGGCUUUAACAGCCCCGAGAGCUACGUCUUCCAGAAGAGCAGUCGAAGCCUUACCUUAGAUAUGCUAAUCAAAUGGAGAGAGCGGCAGCCAUUUGGCGUUGAUCAGUCAAGAAAUCUGGCAAAGGCACUAAACAUGAUCGGCAGACUUGACCUUGCUUCUCAUCUGAAAGGUUGGCAAGAAAUGGAUAAAUGGGAUAUUGUCAUCGGACCAAAGACUCGAGCUUUACGGGAGGAAGUUUUGAUGGAGACAGCGAAAAAACUUGGUGCUGAAUGGGAGGAACUAGCUACUUCCCUCGGCUUCAGCAGCGAAGAAAUAGCCAGCAUGGGGGAAGGCGAACCCAGUGAAGUAUCAUUCCUCAUGCUUCAGAAGUGGAAUUCCCGCCAAAGCAAAAAUGUGAAUCAGUUGGGAAAGCUAUGCGAUGCACUGGCAAAUAUCGGCAGAGCUGACUUAAUAUCUCCGCUGCUACAUCAUACAGAGUUCCAACAGGAUUCGUUGAUCUGGAUAUCUGAAAAACUUGAACGUGAGUGGGAGAAACUGGCUCUCAUGCUUGGCUUCAGCGCGAUAGAAAUCUUUUCAAUCUCUAAAGACUUUAUCUGCAACCCCGUACGUCACUGCUUUGUCAUGCUCUGGGAAUGGAAACAGCGCGUAGACAUGACUGAAGAUCAGCUUGGACAUCUGAGUGACGCACUGAUAGAUAUUAACAGAGACGAUCUCCUUCUUGGUUUGCAACAUUAUCGAGUGUUCGGAGAAAAUAAGUGGCAUGACAUUGCCAGCUUUAUCGGUGAGGAUGACUGGGUUCAGUUAGCUGGUGCCCUCGGCCUCAGCUCAGAAGAAAUCGACACCAUCAAGGCAGAUACCCCUGGUGACUGGAAACAUCAAUGCUGCAGCAUGCUUGAAAAAUGGAAUCAUCUCCAAGGCACUAAUGAAGAUCAGUGCAUAGAAAAGCUAUGUGCUGCAUUGACAGAUAUCGGUAGAAAGGGACUAGCAAUACUACUGCAGCAGCAUUAUCAAGACAGAGCACGAACUAAGGGAAGCAGUCAAAAGACCGGAGUGACACUUAAUGCAGGAUUUAAUGCCAUUGCUCGACGCCUCGAUCGUGUUGAGUGGAAGAAGCUGGCCCUUGUCCUUGGGCUUAGCAAAGAAGAUGUUUUCCUCAUAAACGAACUCUACAGUCAAGAAUUGCUGGGUUCACCUAUCCGCCCUCAAGUAAGAAACGUCGGUUGUGACGGAUGGAAUACCACAUGCUACAGCAUGCUCUUGAUAUGGAAACGCCGCCAAAGCGUUGGUGGAGAGGAGAUCCAAGAAAAGUUGGGAGACGCAUUGAAUGAAAUCGGCAAACAUCAUUUGGCAAUUUUAAUUCGGCUUCGUCCAGUUCUGAUUAAUGAUGACGUUCUGCUCGAGGUGGUGAGAAGACUCGGUCCGGGCUGGAAGGAAUUGACCACUUCUUUAGGAAUCAGCUGCGAAGAAUUAACCACCAUGGAGGAAGUUCAGCCUAGUGAUCAAGCCUUCCGAAUGCUUCAGAAAUGGAAUUGUCAGCAAGGCCAGAAUAAAGAUCACUUUGCAAAGCUGUGCGACGCUUUAUCAAAUAUUGACAGAGCUGAUCUCAUCACUCCACUGCUACAUUAUGCAGAACUUCACCAGGAGGUGUUCGACUGGAUAUCUCAAGAAUGUGGACCCAAGUGGAAAAGGCUGGCUCUCAUGCUCGGUUUCAGUGCGUUAGAAAUCAAUAAGAUCAUGAAAGAAAACCCCGGCAACGACACAGCUCACUCCUUAGUUAUGCUAAAGAAAUUGAAACAACGCGUAGAUAUGACCAAAGAUCAGCUUGGACUUCUGUGCAAUGCACUGACAGACGUUGGCCAGGAGGAACUGGUGGGUCAGCUGCAACAUUAUCGAGUGGUCAGUGAAGACAAGUGGACUGACAUUGCCAGAUUUAUCGGAGAGAAUGACUGGGUGAAGUUAGCUGAUGUCCUUGGCUUCAGCUUAGAAGAAAUCGACACCAUCCAGACAGAUACCCCCGAUAACUGGAAAGACCAAUGCUGCAGCAUGCUUGAAAAAUGGGAUCAUCGCCAAGGCAUGAAUGAAGAUCGGUGCAUCGAAAAUCUGUGUGCUGCACUGACAGAUAUUGGUAGAAAGGGCCUGGCAAUACUACUGCAGCAGCAUUAUCAAGAUGCUGGACAAACCACGAAGAGGAAUCAAAAAGCAGGAAUGACGCUUGAUGAAGAAUUGGUUGUCAUUGCUGGAGAAAUCGGAUUUGGCUACUGGGAGAAGUUGGCCAUUUACCUUGGGCUUAGCAGGGAAGAUGUUGGCCUCAUCAAGGGACUCCGUAGUGGAAAACAUUCCCUUCCCUACAGACUUCCAUGGUCAUGUUCUCUGAGCGAGUGGCAAUUGCUGUGUCCAGACGAGUUCCAAUACGAAAAGCCAUUUCACCGACAAUUGUGCGAUCCUUGCUGCAGGAUGCUGCUUAUAUGGAAGCAUCGCCAAGGCGUCAGUGAACAGGAUAUCCUGGGAAAGCUGUGUGACGCAUUAAGCAACCUAGGCAAAAAGGAUUUAGUACGUCAGCUGCGUCAUCGUUAUGGAAUAUUAGAGACACAUCGACCUCAGGUACCGGAAUCAGUAGUACCAAGUGAUGAAGAAAUGCUGCUCAGUGGUUGUGCCAAAGAUAUGUUGUCUGAGAGUAACUCGCCGAAACCGCCAUCCCGCCUUCAAAUGAUACUUGAUGAAUAUCAUUCACAAAUACAUGACCUCAGUGAUGAGGUACGUCUUGACACGAGCUUUCAACUACCCGACAUUGCCAUUGGCUACUUCAACGAGAGCGGUGGAAGCUUGUCCGUAGAUGACUACGACGUGCAACUCACUAUCCCGCCUGGCGCGAUACUUCCAGGCUUCUGUCAGGAAGUCUACGUCUAUGUUGACACUAACGAACCUCCAAUUGAUGAAAAUGACCCUACAGGAAUCACACUUUCAAGAACUGUCCACUGCGGACCCCCAGGUGUGAACUUCGCGAAAACAGUGGCCCUGUCCUUCCCUCAUCAGGCCGAUUUGAAAAGCAUCGAUCCUGAAGAGUUAACGGCCCAGAUGUGCCAGGACGGUGAUCCAGGAGAGAUGUGGGAAGAGUUUGAUGGGAAUGUAACAGUUGUAAACAAAGAUAGGGUGAUUCUCCUCGUUAAUCAUUUCACAUGGUUUAGAUUGAGAGGGAAAAGAAACAUUAAACAGCUCUUGUUGACUGCCUAUGGUGAUGUCUACGUCGGCAAAGGAAUACCAUACCAACUGCGAGUUUAUGUGUUGGACAACAAUGAAGCAGUUAAAAAGUCUGUAGAAGCUGAUGAGCAAACGUCGAUCAGGCUCGACGGUUUCAAGAACCUCACCUGGACAGGGGGCGACGUGAUCGUGAAGCUUUCAGAAAUUUCAAAUGGAUGCCAAGUACAUGGAGAAAAAAUCCAUGCUAUCUCCAAAACUCUGAUAAAGACUCACGCAUCCAACUGCGUUACCUUCACCCUUGGUAACCCAUCAACCCUACCUGCUGAUGAUGAACUGUACUGCUCAGUGGAAGCGUACCAGAAAUGUGAAGACGAAAAGAACAAGAAAAUUGAAAAAGUCUGUCUGUCGAUCUGUCCAGCUGCAAAGACACCAAGCUGUUGGAAUUUGGGGACGUCUCAUUGUAUGGGCUAUGCUGGUGAGCUGGACCCGUCGGCACGGCCAAUUGGAGUCAAAACUAGCAACACCAGGGAAAGUAUCCGGGACAAAGUAAAACUUGCUUUGUAUAAAAAGAAAAACGGCAAGAAAGAUAGGGGACGUUGUGGUGAUUUAAGGGAUAGUGCCUUAUUGCAUAGAUGCGAACAAUUACAGCAGCAACUGGAAGAAUGUUACAACAGUGGUGAUACCAAAGGAAAACGUAUCUUUGGAGUCGACAACACCUUUUUCUUUGUCAGGAUUCCUGGUGAAAGAAAUUCCAUCAAGGAAUUGAUUGAGAUCAUUCAAGGGAUGAUGUCCUCAGUCAGAACAGAAGAGAAGAAAAUGUCCUUCAUGAAAGGUAUUGAAGAUUCAACACUUCGCAUGGUAUCACGCAAACUCGGUCCCGAAUGGGAAACGCUAGGAACCUUUCUCGGCUUUGGUCAGCCUGACAUCUUUAGAUUUAAGAACGACAACAGUGCUACCAUAAACCAGAUUUUUGCGAUGCUUGUUGAGUGGCGAGAUGUUCAAUACCCUCAAGCGCAGGUUAAAAGGCUCCAAAAUAGCCUGAGAAGGAUCAGCAGAGAGGACAUUGCUGAUGCCUUGCCAGAUAUUAAUGAUGCAAGUCUUCGAGACGUGUCACUCAGCCUGGGACCUGAAUGGGAGGAACUGGGAAGAUCCCUCGGUUUCCGUGAAGCUGAUAUCCUCGAAUUCAAGAAGGACCUUCAUGACAGACAAGACCAGAUCCUCCAAAUGCUGAUUACAUGGAGAGAUAAGCAGUUAUCCCCUGAAGCGCAACUUGAAUGGCUUUGCUCUUAUCUGACGACAUUGGAAAAGGAAAACCUAGCUGAUGAACUGCGAGGCUUCACCACUGACAAAGGCAUCAAGAAAACUGAGCCCCCUUCAGAGCGGAGGCGACCGAAUGUCAGUGACGGUGAUCCCGCUGGUAAUGUUCCCAGUCAACCAACUUUGCUAACCAAUUGUUACUAGAUGCGAUGUUGGACUUCGAAAGGAGAGGGUCCGACCACAGAGUCUCCACCAGUAAGGCGUUCUUGUCAACACGUGUAAAUGAAAGCUAUACACUAUCCACCAGUUACACUUGAAGCCAGAAUUAAGUACCAAAGCAUAUAAAAACUGCAUUGACGUCCUGCCUUUUUGAUAUUUUUGUAAGACUAUGAUCGAUGUCACCUGUUUGAUUCACAGUAUAAAGUAGGCUCUCAAAAAUCAGAUCAACGUAGAUGAUAUGGGCUAGGAGUGAUCCAGUGCCGUUAUAUGAUUGAAAAGGGAUGAAUUCAUAGGCCUAUGCAUGUACUUAUACAUGUACAUACAAGUAUUACUCUUUUCAGAAUAAUUGUAAAACAUUAAAGAAGAUAACAAAGUCGCAGGUCUGGCAAGCCUUGUGGGAAAAGUAGCAGAUGUUUUAUUUUCUGUAACAAUAAGUAAUUAGUGUAAGUGUAGAAACAUUUUAUGAACGUUAUUAACCCCCCCCCCCACGCACACCCACACAAACUCACCCCUCCCCACCCUCAUGACAAGCUGUGACACGAGUUCACGGUGGUGACUCCUGUCUGGUCUAUUCAUUACAAGAAGUAAGAAUGAUAUGUAAUGCCUCGAUUUCAAGGGACAUUUGUUUGAAAGCUAACGUUUGCUGAUUGCCAUUACCUACAACUUGUGGUUUUGUCCUGUAAGUUUAACAUCACGCUCAGUAUAACAGGUUAAAAUACGCUCUUCGAUCUAUACGCUGUACAAGAUUUAUUUCUAGUUCAGUGUGGCAACUUUAUGUUUGACUUCUUUUUAAAGAGAAAAAGUAUCACACAAGACAUUGUCAUGUUCCAUUAUGGAGUAGUGGCUGUAAAUAGCAGUGUUUUACGAUACCCACAAUUAUGACAACGUUACCGAUCAAAAGAUUUUCACAGUAGAAAAUAGUACAACGAGUACCAGGAAAUCAGUAAUCCUCACCAAAUAGUGAUUCUGACUUGAUGAUUUUUCUAAUAGAUAAGUCUAAAAAGGUGUAAAUAAUCAAAUUGCGCUAGUUAUAUUUUACACAAAUAUUGACCAUCCGAUCAAUCAAAGUGUCAAAUUUCUCUUUUUUUCAAUUCAUUGAACUUUGUUAUUUUGAUAACGUGUUAUUUACUCCGUAGCCCAAUGCGUAUAAGGGAACAUGUAAAGAAAAUAUACCGCUUAAAAUCUUAAAAUUACACCUUUGUGUUUCCAAUAUAUUUUUUUUGUAUUUCAGCUGUAUGUGGGGGCCUUUUGGUUUUAUGCUAAUGUAAAUUUCCAUUCUGAAGUGCAGAUCUCCAAUAUGUAGUCCGAAGCACCGAACAUCAACGUUGCUUUGGCUUGUGGACAAAAAAUUGCUAGAUACCUCUCGCCGCCAAAAUGUCUAUUUGCUGUAGCAAUUUAUGUUUGUUUGGUAUGGCAAUAAGCUUGCCAUUAUAUUCAUAUUUGAAAGUGUAAGGAUCAACAAUAUCGGCUAAGAAGAAGCGAGUCUGCAAAAUCGAAUAAGUAAAAGAUGCCCUGUCUUUUUAAAGGGUGUUUCCGUUUUCAAAUUUCACGAGUUUGGAUUUCUCUUGAGUUUUGUGACUUCAGAUGAAUGAAUUCCAAUACUAAACUUAAUGUGUAUUUUGAAAAUUCGUAACAAGUUGUCGCAAAUAUUAUGUUGCUUUUAAUAUCAGUAGUUACAAAUGGACCAAUAUAAGACAAGUUUUACAUUAUACCUAAUUAUGUAUUUACGUGGUUGUUAUAACUAUAACUGAUCAGCUUGCAUUGCGUUAGAUGGAGUUUGAAGUUUCGUUCGUGAUUCUUAUAUAUUUUAUAUCAGUUGUCGGUUUAAAUCUUUUAUCAAAACAUUCUCCCCCCGUGUUAUGCAUAAAUCAGCAAGAGGUAAAGGAAGAAGAAGUGUGUAACGAAUAGGCUACGCCUUUGGAUCAGACACAGAAGGAGACAAUCGAGACAAUCUACUAAUCCAAUGAAUGCUUGUGUAUAACAGAUCUCAUAAAAACUGCUAAUGUAUAUUUUCUCAGUAUGGUUUAUAAACGUGAACAUAUCAAGAAAUAUUUUUCAAACUUGAAAUCAUGACUGCUACAUAAUUUUUUGCCGCGAGUUAAAGAAUUUAUAAAUGUAAUGUUUAAAUUUUCGAUGAUAACACCAGUCCUUUUUGUUACCGUAUUUAGCUGUUUGCAUUUUGCUUUAAAUAUCAUGUUGAUAUAAGGAACAAAAAACAAGUAUGAAUUAAUGACAAUGUUACACUUUCAAAACAGUAACAAAGAACAAUGUUGAUUGGAACUAGUUUACAGUGAUAAGGAAUAUCUCAUAUAAAAAAAAAUGUUCAUACGGGCGAGCACUUGGCAAGGCACUACGGUGAAGAAUGCUGGACUCCACAGAUGGCGAAUAACAGUCCAGUCCUUGACGGUACGGAAAUGAACUGCAACGGGGACAGAGACCACGUCGAAUAAGAAUAAUCGGGCUCAAGACGAAACAGCGAGGGCAUGAUGGCCGUCUCCUAACCAUUGCAUAAUCUUCCACACGUACAGAGACCGUGUGCGUAAACUUAACAAUAUGUAUUUCAUUAACAAGACAAAGAAAGUAAGAUGCAAUUUUUCAGAAUAUCCAUUCCUAUAUGAAACAUUUACUCUAACUAUUUGCAGUUUGAUAUAGGAUAAUUCACCUGUUUAAAAUGGUUUGAAACAAACCAUUUAUGUUACACAUGUACUUUUUCUCAAAAAUAGAUGACAGAAAAUUUGCAUUGUAUGUAAGAGAAGACGACCGCAUCGGUGUUAAGUAAUAAUUUCUCUUUAAUUCCACUGAGUGUUUGAAUAUCAAGUAUAAAGUCAUAUUUGAGACAUUGCAUUGGAGAACUUACUCAGUCUACUGCUAAUUGCAGUGUUUUGUAUAAACAUGAGUCAUAAUAUGAUUAUUAUUCAAAUUGAAGCAUCAAGUAUGACAGGGAUCUUGCGGUAUUUUGGAAGCAACUCUUUGGUUUUUGCUGCAUUAUGAAAUCUGUUAGCGCUGCUAUGUUUUCAGUAACGUGUUAAUAAUUAGUUUAAAAAUAGUGGACGAUUUGUGCUGAAUAAAUUUGAUUUGCAGGUUGUAGUCGUA